AUGGACUCACAAUCUACCGCAAAUACAGACGCUGCGCAGCAGUACAUCGACUCGCAGACGGGUCCCACGGUGCCCUUUGACCGCGAUGCCGUCUACACGCAGCUCGACGCCUUCACCGAGGCCGACCCCGAGUUCCAGUCUGGUCUGGACGCCAUCCUGGGUCCGUUGACGGCCAGCGGUGCCACGCCCGACCAGCUCCUCCAGACCAAACAACGCGCAAAGGUCUUUUUCUUCAUGUCAAAGACGGGAACCGAAAUCGACUUCGACGACUAUACAUCCUGGCUCUCUUCCCGUGCACCCGCACCCGCACCCGCACCCACCGCUCCGUCUUCCUCCUCUAACCCCUCUGCCGCAACCGACGGCGCAACGGCGGCACCAGCCGCGCCGCACGACAAGCAGGAACCCUACCCGGCUUCGUUCGACUCUAUCGUAGAGCUCAUCGCCACAGGCCAAACUGACAAGAUUGCCGGAAUCAGGGAUAUCCCCCUCGUCAUCAAUGAGGAGGAACCGACCAAGCCAUCCCUCUCGCGUCCCCUCAAGCCAUGGGAGAAGGCGGCAGAUGACCAAGCCCAAGAUCCAGCUGAGCAGACGAACGAGGCUGCCGAGACGACCCACUGA